AUGAGCCGUGCCGCGGGUGCUAUUGAGUGCUACACCAAGGUGGGCAAGGACCUACAUUGUUCUGUCGUGUCUGUCGUUGCCUGCCAUGCUCAUGAAGCCCAGGACGAAACGGGCGAGGCAGACUCGUGGUCCCGUGCCGCCGCGCCAGUUGAGCCGUCAUGGAUAGCCGCUUGUCAACGUGGUGUUGACCAUGAUCCGCCACGGAACGGACUACAAACGCCAUCGGUUCGGAAGUCAUCCCGCGGCUGGCUUCCCGGCCUGAUGUCGUUGGUCGUCGCCGCGGCCGGUUCAUGGCCGACGAGCAUCAUGGUCCGUCGGAUUACCCCACCAUCCCAACCCUCCCUUCAUCCUGACCGACCUCCCUCCCGCCGCGGGGAUGGGGGGGUGGUCCCCGCGGUGGGAGGCGAGACAAGCCAGGUUGGCACCGCCAGCUCCGACGAAGCCCAUGUCUCACAACUGCCGCCAUGA